AAUAUCAUCCACAAUCAUAAACGUAGUUUCAAAUUUGAGUGAGCUUUAAUAAAAUAUCCCGAGAAAAUUGCGCGAGACGAGGAGGUUCUUUCGCGCGCGCCAGGUGGUGCGUUACAGAGAGCGUAUACGGCGGAGUGUUGCAGCGGCGUGUCGCGGUGCUCGAGAUGUCAUUCGGUGCUCGGUGAACGGGAUAGGAGAGUCGAGGGGGAAGGGAGAACGCGAGCGAGAGGUGACGAGCGGGAGAGAGACGGAGAGAGAUUUGGAGGUAUUUUUCUCCUGCAACCAGAGUAUCCGCGCGACGAGAAAAAUCUUGCCGAGCCCGGGGACGGCCAGGAUGGAUCGCGAGCUGGUGGAGAAGUUCAUCGAGGUGACGGGCGAGAGCGAGGCGACGGCUCAGCAGUACCUGACGUUGGCCGACGGGAACGUGGAGAUGGCGAUCAGCCUGAUGUUCGAGGGUGGCAGACCGCCGGAGACCGAGAACGCGAAUCCCGAGCCGCCCGUGAGGGCACCUAUACUACCCAUGCGUGAGAUACUGGUGCCCUCGGAGCCGAUAUGCUCGUUGCCACAAUUGUCGAACAACGUGUUCGACAGAUUCAGAGAUUUUGCAGUGGAGACCCAGCGACAAGAGGAGGAGCUGGCUCGCAGAGUGACCGGCGCCAAGCACAUGUCUCAGAAGAAGUCGAAGCGACUGGAGGAUCUCUUCCGACCACCGUGCGACAUCCUCUUCCUGGGUUCCUUCAUGGAAGCGCGGGACCACGCCAAGACUCUGAAUCGUUGGCUGCUGGUCAACGUUCAGAAUCCGCAGGAAUUUAGUUGUCAGGUUCUCAACAGGGACGUGUGGUCCAACGAACAUAUCCAAGAGAUUGUGAAGGAUCACUUUAUCUUGUGGCAAGUCUUAUCCAACACCUCGGAUGGCAAGCGGUACAUAGAUUUUUACAAUGUGGUGACGUACCCUUACCUGGCGAUCGUGGAUCCCAGAACGGGGGAAUGCAUGAAAACUUACAACAACAUUACUGUGGAUAGCCUGAUAUCUGAUUUAAAUGACGUGCUAAGCACACAUCCGUCUCCCGAAAGUUCGCAAGUUACGUCUGACUCGAAGGAUUGGAAUGAUUUCCCCACGACGCCUCCAAAACGAAAUCCUCUAGCCGAUCAAAUAAAGAAUGAAUGUGGACCCAGUAGCAAAACUUCUAGACUUUUAGCAGAAAAAGUCAUAGAUUCUGGAAACGACAAUGGAACAUCUGAUAACAUUACAAGUUCGAGUGUUCCGUGUAGCAGCAAUACUGUUUUUAAUAAAAAGAGGAAGCUGAAUGAAAAUGUAACUAAGGAGCAAAAGGAUGAAAAAUUAAAAUCAGAUACAGCUAAAUCUGAAACAAGCGAUGAACCUUUCCUACGACUCUGCUUACGACUGCCUAAUGGUGCGAAGGAAACAAUAUCUAUGUGUGCAACGGACACCAUAGAAGAUUUUUUGAUUAAGAUGGAGGAAAUGGGUUUCUCUUCAACGGAGCAUACCUUUUUGGUGCCAUUCCCGAAGACAAAUGUUGGUGCGCUGUCUGCAAAUACUCGUCUGUUAGACACAAUUUUGUUUCCAACGAACACAGUAUUCAUAACGAAGAUAUAGUAACAUUAUAUAAGUGAACCAUAAUUGCUUCCAUUACAAUAUUUUGACUUAGAUUAUGCGUGAAAAGAUAUUCCUUUGAACUCUGUCAUUGUUAUUUUUACAUUAUUAUGAAAGUUUGUAAAAAUUGUAUAGUUAAAAAUCUUAGAGUUGGAUUUGUUGCUUAAAAUUGAAUCCAUUUGUCACGUCUCUUAAAUUUAUUUAAAUAUGUGAAGUGUAGAGACAUAAUAUUUUGUUGUAUGAGACAAAAGUUAAAGGCACUGCCAUUCAGUGUUCAUGUCAUACAAAAAUGCAUUCAAAUAUAAUCUUUCUAUCUUGAAAUAGGGUUUAAGAUUAUCGCGUACAGUUGCAAAUAUUGCGUGUAGUUACUGCCCAAGUAUCGUCAUCUGAUGUUACUUUUUAGUUUUAUUAUUACCGUGUUCGCAAAUCUCUCGCAGGUGCCGUCCAUAAUUGCGUACAGCUGUCACAAUACGUUUCUUUAGAGUGUUUCAAAGUGGCACAUACAUAUAGCAAAUUGCAACAUUUUGGCAGUCAUUUACAGCAUUAUUACGUGAUACAAUAAAACGUUUGAAACGUUCCGUAUGAAAUUUUUGUCAAUGUGAUUCAAGAUACAAAACAAGUAACACUCCACAUAUUACAAUAUAUCAUUAUUAGAUAAAAAAUAAGACGAAACAAUUUCACAUCGCAUACAUACAUUGCUCAUAGUACAAGAUAUAUCAAUAUAUGAUCUUUUUGUUAAUGUAAUCAGUUCAAGUUUAAACUGCCGAUCUAAUUAAGAUAGAUAUAGAUCAAUAGUUUACAAGAAUUAUAAUUAAUGUCAAUAGAAUAUACUAAUAUUAUGCAUCGACUACAGAUACAUCUCAUAUAUGUCAAACAUCUGUAUUUUUACUUAUUUCUAAAUGUAUAGCACCAUAAUUCUGUAAUAUACAUCGUAGAAAAGAUUUCUCCUAUUAAGUGUGUACUUAUAUUAAAUAUAUCAUUUAAGUAAAUCACAUAUUAAUAUUUC